GUUUGCGUAACUGCCACGCUAAAAAAAGCUAUAAAUAUCAACCGCCUUUUGAGCUCACUCAAGAACCAUUGCACUAAUUCCAAAUUCGUUACUGAGUCCAACAGUCGUUGUCCAAUUGUGCUUUUACUAUAAGCCAUGUCCAGUUCAAGAGGAGGAAGCCACAAAAAAGGAUCAAAAUCAUCAACUCAUAAUCAUUCUCGUCGUCACUCCGAUCAUCAAAAUUCAGGUAAAAAUCAAGAACCCAUUUCAGAGUUUAGUCCAAAAGAUCAAAAACCUCAUCAAGAUUCAAUUUUUAAUCCACAAGGGUCAAAAAAUCAAGAACCCAAUUCAGAGUUUAGUCCAAAAGAUCAAAAACCUCAUAUAUUUAACUCAGAAGGGUCACAUAAAAAUGAAGACUUUUCGCCUGUAAUAGUAUCAACUGUAGAAGAUGAAGAACCCAUUAUUCAAAAAGACCAAAAGCCCCCUCAUCGAAAUCGUAGGAAUUCAAAAAGGGUAUCCAAGAAUCGACGUGCUUAUAAUGGUAACUUGGAGAAGAAACCAGAAGUGUGUGUUUUGAAUUCUUGUGUGGAAGAAAAGUUAAGUGGUGAUAGUAGUGUAGAGAAAGUUGUUGAGGGGUCUGUUAUAUCAAAAGAGAAAGUUGAGGGGUCUGGUUUGCAUGAUGAUGAUGUUUGGACAAAGCUGGAAGAACUGCAAUUGGGUGCUGAAGAACCCGAGUUAUCGCCCGAACAGCUUAGAAUCAAUGAUCAAGCACAGGAGGAUGAGAUAUAUUUCCCUUCCACACGGGACUCCCUGAUCACAAUGGCCCACUUUCGUCCCGGAGCACAACUAGAGUGUAGUUUACGGAUUUGGCUGAACUCGUGAUGGAUAAGGGUGGAUGUGGCUAUUUUAAAUGGAUUGAUCCAUCUCCAGAGGUUGAGCUUUUAAAGGAGAAGCUUAAAGAGGUUGAAGAAGAGAGAGAUACAUUGAAAUAUAAAAUGAAGGAACUUGGAGGCAAGUAUGAUUCAUUGAAACAAAAAUUGAAGGAAAUUAAGGAAGAGAGGGACUGUGCAAAAACCAAAUUCAACAGACUUGUCGUUGUUGUUCUAUGUUUUUUACUUGCAAAAAUUAUCGUUGGGUAGUCUAAUUGUUUCCUAGUUAUUGUUUGUAAUGUUCCUACAAAGAUUUUCUUCUAUGUUUGUAGUAAUGUUUUGGUUAUUAGAUUUUGUAAAUUACUUGGCUUGUGUUUGGCGUUGUGAA